GUGUGUUUUGGAGAAAAGGACAUUUGCAAAUUAUUCUAUUAUUUCAAACUAGUCCCUAAAGUUCUUACUAAUAGUGAAAAGAAGCACUAGGAAGACUUCAACAGUGUAGUCAACUUUAAACUUGCAACGAAAGACCAAUGUCUCUCUCUCGCAUCGUCUUCUUAGUUAGCGAUUUCCUCAUUUUUCUUAUACAAUCUGAUUCGGAUCGAGUUCUUCUUUGAUGGGUAAUUGAAAAGUUUGAAUCUUGUUUACGUAAAAAGCGAUCUGAUUCAAACCAAAACUGAUAUUUUUGACGAAUCCCAAAGCUGCGUUUUUUGAUCUUCAAAGUAUGAAUCAGAUGAGGAACGGCGAUUUAGGGUCAGAAUCAUUUGGUACUUGCUUGCUUCUGUCUCUUCCAGAAGAUGUUAUUGCUGUUAUAGCACGUUUUGUAUCUCCAAGAGACAUUUGCAAUCUGAGCUUAUGCUGCAAAAGUCUAUGUGACGUUGUGGAUUCAGAAAGGAUCUGGCUUGUGCAGUGUGAAGUAGUAAAGGUUCUUCCUUUAUCUGAAAUAAUCCAAUGGCGAAUUGGGAUUUCUUCUUAUAAGGCGCUUUGUUGGUUUCUUGGAGAGGUAAUGAAGCCUCUUGUUGGUGUUUGGGUUCAUCAAAACCCUGAACUUGGGAAUGUUGUUUAUGUCAUGCCUGGUUUCUUGUCUGUUGUUGGGUGUCGGAUAAUUCCACAAGAGGUUGGUCCUUUGGGGAUUGAGGAGGCUCGAGUUAUGUGGUCACCUGUGUUUGAGAUUAUCUGUGGUUUUGAUGGCUCCGCCAAGUUUUUCCUCCAUGGGAGAGAUGGAAAAGUGCAAUGCUGUCUGCACCCUGGUUUCGUUAGGGGCAUUGAGAAGAGUUGUAAUGUGCUUCUACUUGAGGUUGAGACGAGGCGAGAGAAGAAGUUGUGCAAUGAGAUUGAUGAGACUGUGUUGUUGGUAGAGACGGGGGUUCAGUUACCAUUUCGCAAACUACCAUUUAGUUAUAGAAGGAAUUUACUUCACAUAGUGACAAGCACUGUUGGUAUACCUGUACCUGAUCUAUCAAGUGAAAAGUUAUUUCCUACGUCAAAAGAUGAUGAAGCGGUGUUGUUGGAACGCAGAACCAUGCUUCUUAAAAUGCACAAGUUUGGUGGUGAUUGGAAUCACAUGAACCUGGAGGAUGAGUGCACAAAUAUUCCAAAUCAGGUAGACAUAAACAAAUCGUGGAAGCAUCUAGGUUUUGAAGGCGAUAUUCGCAACAUGGACGCUGAGAAUCAGACACAAAGGAAGAGCUUUAGUAGGUAUUUCAGAAGUGGCAUAAAGCAUAUUCUCGGGAGGUCUAGUUCUUCAAAGAACAUGUCUUCUUCAAGAAGUGAGACUAGACCUUUGAAUCUCCAAAAGUUUCUUAAUUUUGGUGAUUCAAUAGGUCUUAGUCUCAAAGCUUCCAAUAUUAAGUUGUCUUCUUACCAAGGUUGGCCAAACAUGGACGAAACCCGUUAUGCCCUUUAUAAGCUACCGAUUAAGGAUCCCAUCGCUAACGAUGAGUAUGCCGGGUUAUGGGGAGGAACUUUUGGCUGGCCACCAGGAAAAUGUACAGAAGAUAAACCAGGGAAGGCUUUUUUUCUACUGAUGCUCUCUUAUGAAGAAUCUCAAGAUGGUACUGAGAGACUUCUUAUAGGGACAAAAAUACUCGAAGGAACUCACUACGGGAUGCAUCCUAAUGGAUCUGCAAUGUUUGUUAUAAAAAUUGAUUCGCCAUCCUUUGAGGGUUUUCCUUUCGACACAAAUGGAGAAGAUUUUGAGCAUUCUUACGCAGGAGAAGGUACUGCAAAGGGUUAUGGUUUCCGGUAUCCUGGUUACAAACCUGGUACACUUUUCGUGACAUCUAAAGGUCUUCUCAUGUUCAUUUGGAAAGCAACUAAAGCUGUGUUGACAUUGCAAAGACUUAACCUUGGAGAGCUCUUAAGGAAAGGUGUAUGUGUAUCGCCUUUACCUCCAUGUUUGAAUUUUGCUUAUUUGAUAAAAUGUCACACCAAUGUGUUUGCCCCUGAACGAAGAAGAUCAUAGGAGAUUGCUGCAACAAAUUUGAAACUCACAAGUCUUCUCUAUUUCCAAUAUAAUAGGCUCAUUAUCAUCAUUGAUAUUUAGUUAUUUACACAUGUAGUAAAUAUAAAACAUGCUGCUAAAGGAUACACUUGUGGACUUGCUACUGUUUGGAUUUAGUAUCAAACCUAUUACUCAAACUACAUAGAUGUGUUGGACUAUUCACAAGCUCAAUGUUAAUCAAGUGUAAAUGUGUUGCAAAGUAAAAUAAACCAUACAAGGAAAAAAGAAUUCCAC